AGACAAAUUUUAUAUUGGAUCCGAUUCAUCUGAACUCGAACCAGGUCACGGCCAACCUAUAUAACGACCGCCCUCUCCAUCCGAACCCUAGCUCAAAAACCUGGAGAGAGAUAGAGAUCCCAUUCGAUCGUAAGAAAAUGGCUGCCGAAGAUGGUAUUGCUGUCGAAACUGCUGCUCCAGCUCUUGGAGAGCCCAUGGACCUGAUGACAGCACUUCAACUUGUGAUGAAGAAAUCAUUGGCCCAUGAUGGGCUUGUUCGUGGGCUCCAUGAAGCUGCCAAGGCGAUUGAAAAGCAUGCUGCACAGCUUUGUAUUCUAGCUGAGGAUUGUGACCAGCCUGACUAUGUCAAGUUGGUCAAAGCACUUUGUGCUGAUCACAAUGUGCAUUUAGUAACAGUACCAAGUGCAAAAACCCUUGGCGAGUGGGCAGGGCUAUGCAAGAUUGACUCUGAGGGAAAGGCAAGAAAAGUUGUAGGCUGUUCAUGUGUGGUUAUCAAGGAUUAUGGCGAAGAAUCAGAGGGUCUACAUAUAGUUCAGGAAUAUGUGAAGUCACACUGAACAAUGGAAACUGAUUGGUAGCGGGCCAAAUUUGAUUCUGGGUUAUGAGAGCUUGUUGGAAACAUUCACCAUCGAUGCUUUGUGUGGAAUUUUGCAGCUAUUAGGUUUUAAGACUUCUAUGUAGAAACCAUUUGUGUAUUUUCUUAACAAAGUCUUAAUUUUGCUUGCAAAGUCUGCAUUUUAGGGGUUUGUCCCCACCUUUUUCUUCUCUAAAUUAAGAAGUACCAGGUCAAAUUUAAUGAGCCUUUAAUGGGGAAACGGUUUUUGUUUGUUUAUAUUUUUGGCUUCUCGCUUGGUAUAAACUAGUGUUGAUUAAAAUCAUCAAUUGCCUUUUGGUUGGGAA